CCGGGGCCGUUGCCAUGGAGGCACCGAGCCGGGCGGGCCUCCCCGGGGAGGGGCGGCCGAGGUCCAGGCCCGGCCCCAGCCCCUGCCCAGGCCCGGUCCUUGGCGGAGGCUUUCCCCGGGGUCCUUGCAAGGAGGGCCGAGAGAGGCCCGGCCCCAGCAGCAGCUUCCCCAGGAGCUUCCUCCGGCAAGGAUGGGAGAGGCCGGGGCGGGGCGGCAGCCUUGGGGGCUCCUCCGGGAAGGCCGAAAGAGCCCCAGCUCCAGGCCAAGCUGCAGCUUCCUUAGUCCGUGGGAGAGCCCCGGCUCAGCCCAAGUGCCUCCUCAGGAUCAAUAAAUCAGAGAAGCCUGAAAGCUGCGACAAUGUCAAAGUUGUUGUUCGAUGUCGACCCUUCAAUGAAAGAGAAAAAGCAAUGUGCUACAAAUUAUCUGUUACUGUGGAUGAGAUGAGAGGAACUAUUACAGUGCAUAAAACAGAUUCUUCAAAUGAACCUCCAAAGACAUUUACAUUUGAUACAGUUUUUGGACCAGAUAGUAAACAACUUGAUGUUUAUAACUUAACAGCGAGACCCAUUAUUGAUUCUGUUCUAGAAGGCUACAAUGGUACUAUAUUUGCAUAUGGACAGACUGGAACUGGAAAAACAUUUACCAUGGAAGGCGUACGAGCUGUACCUGAACUUAGAGGAAUUAUCCCAAAUUCAUUUGCUCAUAUAUUUGGUCAUAUUGCAAAAGCAGAAGGGGAUACAAGGUUUUUGGUUCGAGUAUCUUAUUUGGAAAUUUAUAAUGAAGAAGUGCGUGACCUUCUAGGAAAGGAUCAGACACAGAGAUUAGAGGUUAAGGAAAGACCUGAUGUGGGAGUUUACAUCAAAGAUCUUUCAGCUUAUGUGGUAAAUAAUGCAGAUGACAUGGAUAGAAUUAUGACAUUAGGCCACAAAAAUCGUUCUGUUGGUGCAACUAAUAUGAAUGAACACAGUUCCCGUUCCCAUGCUAUAUUUACAAUUACCAUUGAAUGUAGUGAAAAAGGUAUUGAUGGAAAUAUGCAUGUUCGGAUGGGCAAACUACACCUUGUAGAUCUUGCUGGUUCAGAAAGACAGGCAAAAACUGGAGCUACUGGACAGCGACUGAAAGAAGCAACAAAAAUUAACCUUUCACUCUCCACUCUGGGUAAUGUCAUUUCUGCCUUGGUUGAUGGAAAAAGCACUCAUGUACCCUAUCGAAAUUCAAAAUUGACUCGUCUUCUUCAGGACUCCUUAGGAGGAAACUCAAAAACCAUGAUGUGUGCAAAUAUUGGGCCUGCAGACUACAAUUAUGAUGAGACUAUCAGUACAUUGCGAUAUGCUAACCGUGCUAAAAACAUAAAAAAUAAAGCUAGAAUUAAUGAAGAUCCAAAGGAUGCUUUGCUUCGCCAGUUUCAGAAAGAAAUAGAAGAACUCAAAAAAAAGCUUGAAGAAGGAGAAGAGAUUUCAGGCUCUGAUAUCAGUGGGUCAGAAGAUGAUGAAGAUGAAGAGACUGAGGCUGGGGAACAUGGAGAAAAAAGAAAAAAGAGAAGGGGCAGUGGCAGCAGCAGUAGUUCAGAUUCUACAUGCUCUGUGGUAGAGAAACUCCUGGAUAAAUACAUGACUAAUCAAGCAGGUAAAAAGAAGGUUUCCCCAGAUAAGAUGGUUGAAAUGCAAGCAAAGAUUGAUGAGGAGAGGAAAGCACUUGAAACCAAACUUGAUAUGGAAGAAGAAGAAAGAAAUAAAGCCAGAGCUGAACUGGAAAAAAGGGAGAAAGAUCUUCUUAAAGCCCAACAAGAACAUCAGUCACUUUUGGAAAAAUUAUCUGCACUAGAGAAGAAGGUGAUCGUUGGAGGUGUUGACUUGUUGGCCAAGGCUGAGGAGCAAGAGAAACUUCUGGAGGAAUCCAAUAUGGAACUAGAAGAAAGAAGGAAAAGAGCAGAACAACUUCGAAGAGAGCUUGAGGAAAAAGAGCAAGAACGCCUGGAUAUUGAAGAGAAAUAUACUAGUUUACAGGAAGAAGCUCAGGGAAAGACCAAGAAGUUGAAGAAAGUUUGGACGAUGCUAAUGGCUGCCAAGUCAGAGAUGGCAGAUCUUCAACAGGAACAUCAGAGGGAAAUUGAAGGUCUUCUGGAAAAUAUUAGACAGCUUAGCAGGGAACUUCGACUUCAGAUGCUUAUUAUUGACAACUUUAUUCCUCAGGAUUAUCAGGAAAUGAUUGAAAAUUAUGUUCACUGGAAUGAAGACAUUGGAGAAUGGCAGUUAAAAUGUGUUGCCUACACAGGAAAUAAUAUGAGGAAGCAGACUCCAAUACCUGAUAAAAAGGAGAAAGAUCCCUUUGAAGUGGACCUUUCUCAUGUGUAUUUAGCUUAUACUGAGGAAAGCCUGAGACAGUCUUUGAUGAGAUUGGAGAGGCCACGCACUUCAAAGGGAAAAUCAAGGCCCAAAACUGGAAGAAGAAAGCGUUCUGCGAAGCCUGAGACUGUAAUUGAUUCUUUGCUUCAGUAAACGUUUACAAAUAUGAAACCACAAUAAAAUUAGCAUAUGUUACAGUGGUCGGCCUAGCUAUUUAGUUUACCUGAGGAUAUUGAGGAUUUUUCUUUAAUUUGACACAGCCAGGGCUAUAAAAUAAUGCCUUACUCUGGAGUAAGAAUUAGAAAUGAUCUUUUGUCCAAAUACUGUUAUGCUGUAUGUGUUAUAUUAACAUAACAUGUUCAGACAGUAUAACUAGUAGUUGUUAAAUUGUUGUAAUGUGCACUACUACUGUUUGUUUUGUGCAGGAAAAUCUGAAAGACCGUAUUGCACAAUGACAGUGUUAGAUGUGUAUUUAAAGUCACAAGCUAUUUACCUAAUACCUUCAUUGAGAGAAACUGAAUUUUAAGACAUGAAAAAGCUAAAUGUCAUGUCAUGCCUUGCACAUAGAGACUGGCAGCUUCAAGUAUCCUGUGUUGUACUGUUGUGUUUGAAUGUGGUAGCUUUCAUCUAUGAUAUGACUCUUUCUGAACACUAAAUCUCUUUUUUCACUAUUUAAAUACUUGCUCAUUGCAAUGGUAGUAUUUGCUGUAGUUAAUGUAUGAAAUGAAGCAACUCAUCUAAAGAAAACAAAACACGUCUUUAUCAUGUCAACAAAUAAUGUACACUGACAAUUUAUUCCAUCCUCCUUUCUAACUUUCCUGUAUUCCAUUGUCUUACUGCUCAUUUAAAUUCAAGUGAAACAUACAUUUUUGUUUGGGCUAAUAAAGGUAGCAAAGCCUGUGGAUUUAUA